AUGUGCCACGGACACCCUCACUACCACACCUGCUCUCACACGUCAGUGAAAUGGCUGUAUUGCCCAGAAGCCAGCUUCGAUCUCGAAACUGGAUACGAGACUCCGUGCUCGAAUCCGAUAUACUCGACACCCCAACCCUCCAACGCCGACUGUCCACUUCAGAAUUGCCACUUCAAGACACUGAGAGGUUGCUGGACUUGCUGCGUGUGCGGAAACAACGCCAACACUCAAGGCUGGUGUAACGGCGUAAAAGCGGCCGACCCGUCCAAGGGUAGCUGGACUCCAGUGGGAGUGGAACCACGAGCCUGGGAUACUUGUGGCCAUGGGGCUUGCCACCAAUGCAUCAGAAAUGGUGAGAGGAUUUGCCGGGAUCACCGUGCGGUAGUUUGA